AAAAAAAAAAACAACGAGCAAAACGGAACGAGCGCGCCAAGCACAAGGAGCAGACGUUGUUGUGCCUGUUGUUGUUGUGAGACACAAGUGCAGAGGACGAGAGGAAGCAGCGUAGUUGACGAAGCAUAGCGUCAUGUCUGAGGCGUCGCUGGUGCCGAGCAUGGAGGCCCGGCGGAAACAGGCGCAAAAGAAUGCCGAGCAAAGGAAAGUGCGCCAAGACUUCCGCAACAUCCUCCGAGACAUUGACGAGCGACAGGAGGAUCUGAGCGUGCCGGGAAACCCUCACUAUCAAGAAGUGUUCAACAGAUUCGAUGCUCAGCGCAAGAACGUAAGCACCACAAGGGAGGGCCUUCUCGAGACACACGCGCUGCUGAAGCUGUCAAAGAUUGUCAAUCGGCAGACGCAAGCGCUGGAGACAACCUACGUGCCACUGGACAAGGUUUCCUUUGCCGAGCAAGUGACACAACUCGCAUUCAAAGGUGGUGCUCAGCCAGCGAAGCGUGCCAAGCUGGACUGGGCCGUCGUGGGUCAAGUUGCUUCCUCAAUCGCACAGCCACUUCCCCUCGUUUCCAUGAUGUACGGCCCCUUGAGCAUGGACCUGUCGAAACGCCAAGUCGCCAAGCCCACACAGCGCACCACAUUCGACAAAUCAAAGGCGGUCGUCCCUUCCUCUAACUUGUCAGAUCUUGAAAACGAGCAAGACUUGACGGCAGCACGCGUAAAAGAGGUCACAAAGUACCUCGGCAAGGCGCUGGCUGCGUCGAAGCGGCGGCACCCGGAGCGGUACCCGCGCGUCGGCUACUUUGAGUUUCUUGUCAAUCCGCGCGACUUUGGGCAGACGGUCGAGAACAUCUUCCACUUUAGCUUCCUGGUAAAAGACGGCGCCGUGGAGCUGUUUCUGGACGAAGCUGGCCUGCCCUGUAUCCGCAAGCCGAUGAAGCCAGCCCGCGGUGGUGCGGACAACGGCAACGGCAACGAUGAUGACGAUGACGAUGGAGCAGAUGAGGGCUGGCACGGCGGGAACGCGGGGCCACAAGGACGCAUCCAGCACGUCAUGUCAAUGUCGCACCAGGAGUGGAAGGCAAUCAUCGAGGCGUUCAACAUCAAAAAGCCAAUGCUGCCGCACAGGAAACCAUCAUCGUAGCUGUUACCCCAAACACAACAACAUAUUCCCGUUAUGUUAGACUGGCCCUUGCGUUGUUGCUCGUUCAAACUUAACGACUCAAUACACACAGAACACCA